AUGGAGAGUGCAAUCACGCUGUGGCAGUUCCUGUUGCAGCUACUGCUGGACCAGAAGCAUGAGCACCUGAUCUGCUGGACCUCCAACGAUGGUGAAUUCAAGCUGCUCAAGGCAGAAGAAGUGGCCAAGCUGUGGGGACUCCGGAAAAACAAAACGAACAUGAACUAUGACAAGCUGAGCAGAGCCCUGCGGUACUAUUAUGACAAGAAUAUCAUCAAGAAGGUAAUCGGGCAGAAGUUUGUGUACAAAUUUGUCUCUUUCCCGGAGAUACUGAAAAUGGACCCUCACGCGGUGGAGAUCAGCCGGGAGAGCCUCUUGCUGCAGGACAGCGAGUGCAAGGCGCCCCCCGAGGGCCGCGAGGCGCACAGACACGGCCUGUCGGCCCUCAAGAGCGCCAGCCGCAAUGAGUACAUCCACUCAGGCCUGUACUCGUCCUUCACCAUCAACUCCCUGCAGAACCCGCCCGAGCCCCUCAAGGCCAUCAAGACGGAGAAGCUGGAGGAGCAGCUGGAAGACAGCCCCCCCGCGGAAGAAGUCAGGACUGUCAUCAGGUUUGUGACCAACAAAGCCGAUAAGCACGUCAGCCGGCCCGUGGUGGCCCUGCCCUCCACCUCGGAGGCCUUCCUGGCCUCGUCCGUGUCCGCCAAGAUCUCCUCCUUAAUGUCGCCGAACGCCGCCAGCAUCUCGUCCGCCUCGCCCGCCUCGUCGCGGUCCCCGUCGCUGUCCCCCAACUCGCCCCUCCCUUCCGAACACAGGAGCCUCUUCCUGGAGGCCGCCUGCCAUGACUCGGAUUCCCUGGAGCCCUUGAACCUGUCGUCGGGCUCCAAGACCAGGUCUCCAUCGCUACCCCCAAAGGCCAAAAAGCCCAAAGGCUUGGAAAUCUCCGCGCCCCCACUGGUGCUCUCCGGCACCGACAUCGGCUCCAUCGCCCUUAACAGCCCGGCCCUCCCCUCGGGCUCCCUCACCCCAGCCUUCUUCACUGCCCAGACACCGAAUGGACUGCUUCUGACCCCAAGUCCACUGCUGUCCAGCAUACAUUUCUGGAGCAGCCUUAGUCCAGUUGCUCCACUGAGUCCUGCCCGGCUCCAAGGGCCAAGCACGCUGUUUCAGUUCCCAACACUGCUUAAUGGCCACAUGCCAGUGCCAAUCCCCAGUCUGGACAGAGCUGCUUCUCCAGUACUGCUUUCUUCGAACUCUCAGAAAUCCUGA